AAUCUUUUUGCCUUUAUUUUUUCACAUUCCCAGGUGCUGCAUCGAAUAUCCCCCAACGCCUUAACAUGGAGAAUGCCAGCAGUGUAAAGGAAUUCAUCCUCCUGGGUCUCUCAGAGAACCAAGGUCUGCAGAAAAUAUAUUCGGUGCUCUUUCUGGCUUUCUAUCUGAUCACUGUGGCAGGAAAUCUGCUCAUAGUGGUCACUGUCAUCAGCAGCCAGGGCCUCAACUCCCCCAUAUACUUCUUCCUCUGCUACCUGUCCUUUGUAGACAUCUGCUACUCCUCCACCACGGCUCCCAAAAUGAUUGCCGGCCUGUUGGGGGGGAGUAAAAGCAUCUCCUUUGUGGGCUGCAUGGCCCAGCUGUUUGGGUUUCACUUCUUUGGCUGCACUGAGAUCUUCCUCCUCACGGCCAUGGCCUACGACCGCUACGUUGCCAUCUGCAGGCCCCUCCACUACGCCGCCCUCAUGAGCGACCGCACCUGUGGCCUCAUGGUGCUGGGCUCGUGGCUUGGGGCGUUCUUCCACUCUAUCCUGCAGCUCCUUCUCACCAUUUGCCUCCCAUUCUGCGGCCCAAACAAAAUCAAUCACUACUUCUGUGAUGUUCACCCCCUGCUCCACCUGGCCUGUGCUGACACCCGUGCCGUGGGCGUCGCCGAGGUGGUCAACGGUGGCUUGAUAACUCUGAGUGCUUUUGCCAUCCUGGUCUCAUCCUAUGUUAUCAUCCUGGUUUCCUUGAAAGGUCAGACAGCUGCAGGGUGGCACAAGGCCCUCUCCACCUGCAGCUCCCACAUCACUGCAGUGAUCCUGUUCUUCGGGCCGUGCACGUUCAUCUACAUCCGCCCCUCCAGCAACCUGGUGGAGGACAAAGACGUGGCCGUGUUCUACUCCAUCAUCUCACCCAUGCUGAACCCCCUUAUCUACACCCUCAGGAACCAGGAGGUGAAGAAUGCCAUGAGAAAGCUGUGGAGCAGAAAAGUGGGAAGCCAAAAUGUAAAGGUGUAGGACCAUAGUCAUGUUUCGAAAAGAUUGGAGAAAAUUGAGCAUCUUUCAUUAUGAGUUCUUUUGUGACAAUUCCUCACGACCUGCCCUUUAAAGGACAGCUUGCUGGGAGCUCCUGCUGUAAUUAGAAAGGCACUAAAGGUUUACUUGUUGAGGGGAAAGACACUGUGAACUCUGUCAUGAGCUGGCAUUCCCUGUCUAUUCUUUGACAUCAAGCACAGGUCCAGACCAGGGCCUUCUGAGCACAAACUCAACACCAGUGUUGAAAUAAAUACUGUCAAAAGGACUGAAAAUGUUGUCCAGGUAGAGCAUCCCAUUUAAAAACCAAACACAAAACCCUGA